AGCAGCGGAGUAUGAUACCUCCCAUUCUUCCCUUCGACAAAGGUUUCCUUACUAGUAACAUCUCCAAUUAACCCGCAUGUCAUUUUCAAUGAUCGAAGUGCGCUGCUAAUAUAAACAAAAUGGUUUAAAAGCAUUUAAGGUUUCGAAAACACGCCCGUUGUUUUAUUGCUGCACCGAGCGUUCGUCGUCAUGUGGAAGUGCCACAAAUGCGGAAAACCCGUUUACUUCGCUGAGCGUAAACAGUCUCUGGGUUAUGAUUGGCAUCCGGAAUGUCUACGAUGUGAAGAAUGUGGCAAACGAUUAAAUCCUGGGCAACAUGCAGAGCACAAAGGUGUGCCUUAUUGCCAUGUUCCCUGUUAUGGAGCACUGUUUGGACCCCAACUAUUCGGUCAUGGUACGAGAGUGGAGUCACAUACAAGUUUUGGAAAAAAGGAAAGUCGACCAUCAUUACCAAGGUCUCACUUAGAAUCGAAGCUGAAAGUUUUUAACCAAUAUUACGAAGGCAAAAGUGGAGGGAUUCGAAGUCGUGAGGUCAAUGGAAGAUUGAUAUUAGAAGGUGCACUAAGAAUUUAUUGGGGAGUUCGUGGUGUGAUUCAUUUAAAGGAAGAUGACGAUCAACGCACAGUAGUUACUGCACGAAAUAGAAAUUCAUGUAGACACAGCGUUUCUGAGGAUAUUGAGGACGAGGAUAAAGAGGAUGAACUGUCUCAAAGCACAACAGAUAGCAGUGCAGAGAAUAACGUAAAAUCGGUUCCAACGUCUCCAGAUCACUUAAAGAGUCUCACUUUACCUAUGAAGCUGGAUGUCAAAAACAUGGAAUGGGAUGAGCUAGACGAACUCUUACAGGUCGAACGAAAAGUCGAGGAUGGCAAUAAAUUGUACCAGACGAUGCCCGAGAAUCUUCCGUCGAUAAGUUCGCAAUCCAGCGUGGAUACGCCACCGCUCUCGUCGCAAUCAAGUCUCGAUCGAUCAGACUCCCGCGAGAACUCGGAAACGAGCAGUCCUAAUCACCAGACUACUAGCCGAGAUAACGAUAGCAGCGUGAACAGCACACCGACGCACAGCUUAGGUAGUUCUUCCAGUACAGACACGCCCGUCUGUAAUUCUUCUAAUCGAAAUGGUACGCUUCGAAGAGUAGAGUACUUUGACAGCUUGGACAAGAACGCCUCGAGUAAUAGAUCGAUCAGCACCGACGACAGUUGGAUCGAGAAGGGUCUGAAUCGUUCGUUGUCUGGUCCAGACUGUCUACAGAGACACAGAACUGACAGCGAUACGGAUUCGGUGAAUUCUUUGCAGUUUAGAGAAGAUGAUAAUAUGACUAUGUCUACAGACAGCGGAUUAGAGUUGGAUGGCGUCGUUCUGCGUCGUAAGCAAGGCUCCACCGCGAUCAGACGACGUCCAGGCGGCAGGCGUCAAUCGCGAAACCGAUUGCGACGUCGUUGCUCGAUCAACGGUCAUUUUUACAAUCGGGAGACCAGUUUUUUCACACCGCCUCAUGGUUCACAGAUGUCCGUCUGGGUGACGAGUCUAGUAAACACCCAGGAAGUCAUCAAUCUUAUGCUAGACAAAUACAAAGUCGAUGCUAAAUCCGAUAACUUUGCAUUGUUUGUUGUACGCGACAAUGGUGAACAAAGAAGAUUGAGGGAAGACGAGUAUCCCUUGGAAGUAAGAGUAGUCUUGGGUCCACAUGAAAACGUUGCGCGAUUGUUUCUGGUUGACAAGUUGUCCACGCCCGAAAUCAGCUCCGACGUUGCGCAGUUUCUCAAUCUGUCCCUAGCGGAAUGCCACGGCAUAUUGCAACGCUAUCACUACGAAGAGGAACGUCAAAUUCUCCUUUUGAAAGAAAAAUACAAAGAGAUGCGAAGAAGAAUAAAGCAGAGAAUGGAGGAGCUAAAAGUCCGAUUAUAGGUAGAAUGAUAAAUGGACGUACCCAUUGAUAUCCACACGGUGGAUUAUUUUUAUACGCUUAAGAUACUUUUUGGUGCAAAAUAUUUGCGCGACUCGAAUCUACAAUACCACGACGUAUGGAUAUGUACUACAGUAACAUGACACAAUUUAUGACAAGGCAUUUCUGAAAUCUAUAAUAUCAUACGAUAUACAUUUGCAUUUUAAGCUUUAUUUGUAGCUUAACACUUCGUUGUUACUUUUUUUUUUUAAGUCUGUUGCAUUUAUCUAUAUGUCUUAUAUGUACGUAUAUAAUUUAUAUGUACGAUAGCAAUAGUAACUAGUACGAAUUGGACAAAGGGAUCGAAUCUCUAGUGAUUCUAUAUGAAAGUUUUGCUUAUCAAGUCGAUGAUAAUAUUAUGUGAUAGACGUAACAUGAAACAUGUUAUUUUUUAGUUUCGAUACAGUUUUUUGAGCGUUUAAAAUUAACGAAAAAAAUGCAGAAAUAUUUUUUUUUAUAGUAUAGGCGAUUGAAAAUUCGAACAAUGUUCAUAUAAAGUAGUUAUUGCUUAUAAAAUUAUAAUGAUAAAGAAUUAUUCAAUGUUUCUCUGCGCGAAACGAUAUUUAUAAUUACGUAAAACUCGUACUUUCACGAUGAAUAGAAUAUUGUGUUUUAUCGUAAUUUUUCAGCAUUCCGCUAUCUCGAUGAAGUGAUAAAACGCGAUGAAAACAUAUUUUUCUAUCGGUUUUUAAAGGAGAUCCGUUUAUCGAAUGAAAUGUCAUUUUUAUCGAAAAAAAAAAUCGAUGAUAAUAACUGUUAAGAAUUCAAAGUCUUCUAUCCUUUGCAUGUCUACGUGGCUCGGAUAUAACUAAUAUACAUGUUAUAUUAUACAUUUUCCAUGCAUUAUUGUUGUCAGAUACUCUGAUAUCGCAAUACGAGACUAUUGUUAUGUGAAACAAAUUGCAGGGCGCAAAACAAAAUGUCGCAUGUAGCAAUUAAUCGUCGGAACAUUGUAACGCGCCGCGGAUUCAUAGAAUCGCCGUUUCAAGCUAGUCAUGUUUCACGUUUAGUCACUGAUAUCCGAUUGUAUCCAUCCCAUUUUCAACUGGAGGCCAAAAGUAACACACGCUGAGCCACGUGUACGUACAUUAUAUGAAAUGUAUAUGCUCUCGAUCUGCCAGUUUAGAACAAUAAAUAAUAAAAACGCCACGGCGCGUAAUGAAGAUAUAUAAUAAUAACAACAUUUAUGGUGCAUUUACAAAGAUGUGCUACAAGAUAUAAUAAUCUCUAGAUUGUAGGCAGCUUUUGCUAGAGUAAACAAAUCGCUAGUAAGAAAAAUGUAAUCUUUAUGUAAUGUAUCAUUUAAUAGAAUAGAUCACAUUAUUGCGACGCUAGAAUAAGUUCGUCAGUUCGCGCCAAUUAAUCGUUUUCUACUGCUGAUAGAUGGAUAGAUAUAUGUAGGCGUACAUAUUUUUCCGUACGCCGAUAAUAGCUAGCUGAAAAUACUCUAUAACCAUGACAUAGUCUGGAACUCUGGAAAAAUAACAAAUUACUAAAAAUAAAUAUCUGAGUAUUAAAUAUUGUAAAAAAAAGUCGAUUGAAUUGAAAUGAAUCAUGUAAUAUCGUUGACAGAAUAAUAAAGAGAUAUGGUUUCUUCUUCUA